AUGAUCUCACUCUGGUCGGCUGUCAGUGGUGGCAACGACUGGAUGAACUACGGAGACUAUGUCAGGACGGCUGGCGGUUGGUUUUAUUUUGGACUUUUCAACUUCUACAUUGCGUUCUGCGUGGUCGGCAUGUUCAACGUCGUCACUGGCGUCUUUGUGGAUUCGGCGGUGUGCGUCCGCACUGGCGAUGAAGUUGUCCAAGGUUAUUUGGACGACCUGCGGCAGACGACGGAGGAGAUCAAAGGCUUCUUCAAGGACGCCGACACCGACGGCUCAGGAACCUUGAACUGGGAGGAGUUCCAAUCCCACAUGAAGAACCCAGCAGUGAAGGCCUAUUUCUCAGGGCUGGACAUUGAUCCGGAGGAGGCAGAGAUUAUCUUCACGAUCCUGGACGGAGACAAGAGCAAGGAGAUCAAGAUCGACGAGUUUGUUCACGGGACCAUGAAGCUUAAGGGCUCAGCAACAAAGCUGGACCUCAUGGCGCUCAUGUACGACCAGACGAGGCAAAGCAUGAAGUUCGAUGCCUUGUGCGAUUUCGUUGAGGAUGAGCUGGUUGAGAUUAAGCGCAGGCUCAUGCUCGCACGGCAGAAGGAGGCCGAACGGAACGAACGAGCUCCGGAGCGGCCGCAGCCGGGCACAAGUGCCUCGCCCCCCCGGGCCACACGCGUGCGGAUCGACACAACGAGAGACCUACCACGAGCGACG